GGAACCUGCCCAGCAGCGGGCUCAGUACUGCUAGUGCUGCAACUACGACUAGUCUGCCGCUGUUGCGGGCUUUACGUGUCUGGUUUUCGCUCUGAAAAAGAUGCUCCAAGGUCUGUUUAUUAUUUUAACCGCAUUUGUGAGCCGGUCCGUUUCGUGUUGUAUUUUUUUCUUGCCUCGGUGGCAAUGAGCAGAACCCGGCGGAGGACCGUACGGAGGCUCACUGUAAAACUACAGUCUUCGUGGUUAUAUUAAUAUCUACAGUGCGGUACAGUGACACUGAGGGAGCGCGAAUGAGAGCGAUAUAGAUAGAGAAGCAGAGGCACCGGAGAAAGGAGGCAGGAGAAGGUCCGUCUGUAUCACUGACAGUGAAAUUCGACCCCCCCGCCGUCCCCUCUCCGCUGCAUUACCGAUAGAGAGAGGUAGAGAUAGGUGGGUAAACGGGAGAUAAACAGGAUGAAGGUUAAAAAGCAGGGGGAUUCGGAUCAGAGCACCGGAGACGUCCAACGAGAUGACAACCAGCAGAAGAAAUCUUCGUGUUUUUCCAAUAUUAAGAUUUUCCUGGUGUCGGAAUGUGCUCUGAUGCUGGCUCAGGGCACUGUCGGCGCUUAUCUGGUGAGCGUUUUAACAACCUUGGAGCGGCGGUUCAACCUGCAGAGCGCCGACGUUGGAGUGAUAGCCAGCAGCUUUGAGAUCGGCAACCUGGCUCUCAUUUUGUUUGUGAGUUACUUUGGGGCCAAGGGGCACAGGCCGCGGCUGAUCGGGUGUGGGGGCAUCGUGAUGGCCCUGGGCGCCCUGCUCUCUGCACUGCCAGAGUUCCUCACACACCAGUACGAGUACCAGUCAGGGGAGAUCAGGCUGGGGGAGGAGGGCAGGGACGUCUGUGCCAUCAACUCCUCGGACAUAGAGGACGGAGGAGCAAACCUAGACUUUUACUGCGGGAGCAGGACUAACACCAACAUGAUGUACCUGCUCUUGAUAGGAGCUCAGGUGCUGCUCGGGAUCGGAGCCACACCUGUGCAGCCGCUGGGCGUGUCUUAUAUUGAUGACCACGUGCGAAGGAAAGACUCCUCGCUCUACAUAGGAAUCUUAUUCUCAACCCUGGUGUUUGGACCAGCGUGUGGCUUCAUCCUGGGCUCUCUCUGUACCAAAUUCUAUGUGGAUGCUGUGUUUAUCGACACCACUUUUUCCCUUUCCGCAGGUAAGCUAGACAUCACCCCGGAUGACCCCCGCUGGAUCGGAGCCUGGUGGGGCGGCUUCCUGCUGUGUGGCGCCUUGCUCUUCUUCUCGGCGCUUUUCAUGUUCGGAUUCCCGCAGUCCCUGUCAGUGCAGGAGCUGGACAGUGGCGGCGAGAGCGAGCAGACCAUGCUUCCCGAGAGCCUCCCCCGCGACUACGAGAGACCCAAACCCAGCAACGGAGUGGUGCGCAACGCCCAAGAGCCAGAGAAGAACCCGACCUGCUGCCAGCAGAUGAGAGUGAUCCCCAAAGUGACAAAGCACCUGCUGUCGAACCCGGUGUUCACCUGCAUCGUCUUGGCCGCCUGCAUGGAGAUCGCGGUGGUGGCCGGCUUUGCUGCCUUCCUGGGAAAGUAUCUGGAGCAGCAGUUCAACCUCACCACAUCCUCUGCCAACCAGCUGCUCGGCAUGACAGCGAUCCCCUGUGCGUGUCUGGGGAUCUUCCUGGGCGGGCUGCUGGUGAAGAAGCUCAGCCUCUCUGCGCUGGGCGCUAUCCGCAUGGCCAUGCUGGUCAACCUGGUGUCCACCGCCUGCUACGUGUCCUUCCUCUUCCUGGGCUGUGACACGGGGCCCGUGGCGGGGGUCACCGUCCCCUACGGAAACAAGUCCAUCCCGCUGUCUCAGCUGAACCCAUAUUCACCCUGUAAUGCUGGCUGCAAAUGCCACACUGAUUCCAUUAGCCCAGUGUGUGGGUCUAACGGCAUCACCUACCUGUCAGCCUGCUUCGCUGGGUGCUCCAAAGCAAACCUGACUGGGUGCUCAUGCAUAUCCGGGGACCAGCCUGACAAUGCGACUGUGGUUCCGGGAAAGUGUCCCAGCCCUGGCUGCCAGGAAGCCUUCCUGACGUUCCUGUGUGUGAUCUGCGCGUGCAGCAUGAUAGGAGCCAUGGCACAGACCCCAUCCGUCAUGAUCCUCAUCAGGGCAGUGCACCCUGAACUGAAAUCCUACGCUCUUGGGGUCCUCUUCCUGCUUCUGCGGCUCCUUGGUUUUAUUCCUCCACCUUUGAUUUUCGGUGCUGGGAUUGACUCAACCUGCCUGAUCUGGAGCACGGUGUGUGGAGAGGACGGAGCCUGCAUGCUGUAUGACAACACUGCCUACCGUUACCUGUACGUCAGCAUUGCCAUCGCUCUCAAGACCUUCGCCUUCAUCCUCUACACCACCACGUGGCUAUGCCUGCGCAAAAACUAUAAGAGCUACAUUAAGAACCAUGAGGGUGGCCUGAACCCCAGCGAACUGUUUGCCUCAACGCUCACAGUGGACAACCUGGGGAGGGACGCUAGUCAAAACCCACCCAACAGGACAAAGUUUAUCUAUAACCUGGAGGAUCACGAGUGGUGUGAGAAUAUGGAAUCUGUUUUAUAGUGUUGGGUUUAAAGACAAUAGGAAUAAAAAGAACGG